AUGUCGGAAGAGCGGAGCAAGAUCUCGCUUCGCAGCGGGAAGAAGCGCAGACCGGCUCGCCCGGUCAUCAGCGCCCCCAAGCAGAUAUCCAGUCAUAUGCCGCAGGAGAGUCCUCUUGUCGGUGCUCCGUCCCUUGUUCCCGAAACAGUGCCCAGGCCACGACUUCGUCCUCCUCCUAUGGCAGGUGGAAAGACAUCGGACCUCGUCAAGCAGAGAUACUCGACCAGGUUCUUCAAUAACGUGCAAACAGAUUUCGAUUCGGCGGCGCCUCCUAUCCCCCCAGUCCCUGCUCUCGCUCAAUAUGACAGCAUCAACAGCAUCAACAACAGCAACAACAGCAACAACAACCAGCAGAGGCCUCCUCCGUCUCGUUCUGGGGCUGCGCCAGUGAUAGAUAUCAAGGCGCUGCGAGACCCUAACUUAGUGCCGGACCAGUACGUCUCGGCCGUCCUGGGGGACGCGACGGAGGGCCAGAUUCGCGAGUUUGAAACUUCUCUGCGCAAGCUUAAAGCCCGUGCCGCACUGGACUUGCAGCAAAACCUCAUGCAGAAUCGCAGCCAAUUCAUCAAGAUCAGCAAGGAGGCCGAGAAGCUCAAGGGGGAGAUGAGGGCCCUGCGCAACCUAAUGGCGGAGCUCAAGACCAACACAACCGCCCUUAGAGCUGCCUCGAUGAAGAACGACGAGCCGGCCACCAUCCCGGGCGAAUCACCCGGUGGCUUGAGCAAGCGAGACAGGCGAAGCUCUGUUGCCGAUAGAAGCGCGUUGUGGAGUUCGCAAAUGCAGGCCUUGUACAAGAACGUCGAGGGUUCGCAAAAGUUUCUGCCGAAUGCUGUCGGUCGCCACGUUGUCCAGAACGCCGGGCCUUGGGUUGAGCUAGACAAUGCCACCUACAAGUCUCGACGAGCCAUGCAGAUCUUCCUGCUGAACGACCAUCUUCUCAUCGCCUCGCGCAAGAAGCGCAAGGUCGACGCGCCGACGGAUGGACGCGGCCCCGUGAUCAAACUGGUGGCGGACCGCUGCUGGUCCCUUCUGGACAUUGAAGUGGUGGACAUGCCGGGAACCGCCGAGUCGUCUGGGGGCAGGAACAAGCUUGCCGAUGCAAUCAUGAUUCGGGGCGGCGGCCAGGAAUCAUUCAUCUACCGGACCGAAAAGCAAGAAGCUGACGAGAAGAAGACGCUGCUGCUAAAUGUUCGAAAGGCCGUGGAAGAGCUGCGAAAAGGCUUGCAGUCAGAGAUGGAGGCAAGCAACAAGGCACGAGAGACAAUCAACUACUUCGCAUCUCGAGAUCCCGGCCUUUUGCAAAAGACUGAGCUGUUGGAGACGCUGUCGGAUAUCAAGGACAUGCUCAUUGACGUCGAUGGCAAGCAGCAGAAUCUGCGAUGGGUGGAGAGUCAAAUGGACGAGCUCGACAUUGACAUUGCGCUGCAGAAGUUUGACCCAGCCGUUGUGCGAGUGGAGAAACUAAAGAGCCUCGCACGAGGCCUACGAAGCAAUGUCGUCGCGCAGGACUUUGUCAAUUUCAAGGUUGAAGAGCGAGCUGCACGACUGGCGUGCGUCAUCAUCCGCGAGCUGGAAUCGACACACAAUGCGCAGUCAAAAACCAGAGACAACGUCAGCUGGCUGACGAAGCUUGGCUUUGAGGACCGAGCACGCGAGGCCUACCUGGCUGCUCGGACGGGGUUGAUUCACAAGAGAGCUAGACAAUGCAUAUUCCAGGGCGACCUGCAUCUAUACAUAUGGCAGCUAUCAUUCGUAUACUUCACCAUCAUCCACAACACGGUGCAGACGUUCCAAAGCUGCUUUCCCCUUCCCAUGAUGAGUGCAUGCGUCAAAUGGGCCAAGGAAGAAGUGGAAGCAUUCAACAAAAUCUUGUCGAGGCAGCUGAGCAGCACUGAGCGAGGAGGUCCGGUAUGGACGCAAUGCAUGGAGAGGGCCAAGGAACACGCCAGGAAGCUUUCCGACGUAGGGUUGGACUUUGUGAAUUUGGUGGGAUACGAAGCAGGAAUGACGACGCCGCCUCUGGAAGAGGUUGCGGCUCCUGUCGGGCUGGGGCUGGCAUGA